UGGCCGGCGGGUGCGGGGGGCGGCGGUGGGGCCCGGGGACGCUGGCGGAGCCGCGGCGGCUGAUGCGCGCCGGGCUGGGGCUCAUCGUGCUGGGUCACGGCAGCCUGGUGCUGGGCGCCAUCGUGCACGGCUCGGUCCUGCGGCACGUGGUGGGCACCAGCCGCGCUGUCACCCCCGAGUACGCGGUGGCCAACGUAGUGUCCGUGGGCUCCGGGCUGCUGAGCAUCACCGUGGGCAUCGUGGCUAUUCUGGUGUCGCACAACCUGUCCCGGGCAGCCCUGCUUUGGCCAGUCCCACUCUCGUGUUCUUGCUGCCUGCAGCAUUGGACCCUACUGAGCGUGUCCCUGUUGAACUGCCUCCUGUCGACAGCAUGCGGUGUGGGCCUGGCACUGGCCAUCGCCCUCACCGUUCACAGCAGGGGCAUGCGCCUUGUCAUGGGCUGCAACAGCUCUGCACUGCCUGCUGACGCCCGUGCAGCCAUAGCGACCAACGACUGUCCUUUCAACACCACACGCAUCUAUGACACAGCCCUGGCACUCUGGUUCCCCUCUAUGUUGCUGGCGGCUGCAGAAGCUGUGCUGUCUGGCAGGUGCUGUUUGGUGGCCUUGAUCUUCCGGGGCAUUGGGCCCUGUGCGCACAGCUAUGGCAAAGAGCAGCUGGCAGGGCCAAGUACAGUGAAGGAGGGGCCACCACGUGAGAUGCAGCAACUUCUGGCAGGGAUGGCUGAGUCUUGUACCUAGCUGGAGAGGUGGUGCUGCAGGAGUGCUGUGAUCCAGCAAGGUGAAGCUGCACCUGCACCAUGCUCUAGCCCCAGGUGUAGACAUUGGUAGGGUGGGCUGUGGGGGGGUUGUGUGCCCCCACCCCCCCCCCACCCCCCCCACGUGGGACAAACCCUGCAGGUUCCAGACAGAAGCUGCCCAGUGUCACCAGGCAGCCUUUGCCCAGCAGGUGCCAUGGGCCCUGGAUGCACUCCCCUUCUCUCCCCACGCUGCAAGGCCUGUCCUGGCACACUAGAAGCUCCAUCGGUCUUUUAGAUGCAGAGGUGCUGGGGCCUGGCAACAGCCAGGGCUGGCCUGGGCCCUGGUGGCCCUGUUCCAGAGCAGGCAGGGUCAGCUUUCUGUGCCUGUGAUCAGGCAGGCCGAGGAACGGAAAAUGAAGAAUUCCUUUGUUGCGAGCCUCUGUUAUUCCCCUGAGUAAAUAAACUUUUCCUUUUCAUA